AUGACGCCGCAGCGACCUGUUUUACCUGCAACAGACGUCAAAAUUGAGCGACAUCUAUACUUCAACCUAACAAACUCAAAGAAAGUUGUGUAUUUAUUAGUACCGAAGAUGAAUGAUCUUGUAGAAGGCUUCCAAAAUCUAUAUCUAACUUCUAGAAGUGUGGAAGGUCCUAAAGUUAUAAGAAAAAACGAAGCGUUCCUGAGAAACCUGUUGGAAUUGGCACCGGAAUUUAAAACUUGGACAAAUCAGACGUUUGAUAAACCGUUUCAUUUGGUUUUGGGUUACUACCCCUAUGUUAAUAGAGAAUAUGAUGCAUCUAACACUUCUAAAAGGAACCCAUAUUAUAAAUUAAAACAUGUUUUUCGCGUUGAAAAUCCUUUCAUUUUGGCCCAGUAUCAUUUAAAGAAAGUACAGCUGGAAGAACGAAACAAUGCAGUUAUGCAUUACAACUAUUUUCAUGGUACUAAAGGGGAAAAUUUGGAGCCAAUUUGCCUAAACAAUUUUAAUUGGCGCAAGGUAAGAAAGGGAAAAUUUGGGAGAGGUGUAAGUUUUUCACCAAGAUCUGAUUAUUCCAAGCAUUCCACCAGACGUUUUAACAUCUCCAUUGCACCAGUUCUACAAAAUUCUUUGUUAGCAAUUAAUCCAAUUGAACAACAAUUUAAUGCCAUGUUUUUAUGUAAAGUACUUCAGGGAAAGUGCCAUGUAGGUGCUCCAUUCAUCGAUGUACCCCUAAAUCAAUGUGAUACUACUACAAAUGGAAAGGGGACAGUAUUUGUUAAAUAUGAAGAUUUCGAAUAUUGUCCUCAAUACAUUAUUUUAAUGAACUCUGCAAAGAAUCCAAAUUGGGUUGUUAAAAAGAUAAACUAUCAUCUAUUUGAUAAUUAUAUUAACUUAGAUUAAACUUUAAUAUAAUCUUCAUAUAUUUUUAAUCCUUACUAUUAUGUGAUUAAUAUAAUUAAUGUAGUAUUUUGUUUUAUGUUUUUGUU